AUGAUCCCCAUGAUUCUCUCCAACAAUUCUCAUCUCUUCCCACAUACUUUCUUCUUGGCGGGCAUACCAGGACUGGCUAAUGCCCAUAUUUGGAUCUCACUGCCUUUUUGCUUCAUGUUCUUCCUGGCAGUGACUGGGAACGGGGUCUUGCUUUUCCUCAUCCGAACAGAACACAACCUUCACCAGCCAAUGUUUUUUUUCCUUGCAAUGCUCUCCUUUGUUGACCUGGUACUGUCCCUUUCCACUCUGCCCAAGAUGCUGGCUAUCUUCUGGUUUGGUGCCACAGCCAUCAGCUCCCACUCCUGUCUUGCCCAGAUGUUCUUCAUUCAUGCAUUCUCUGCCAUGGAAUCAGGAGCCCUGGUGGCCAUGGCCUUGGACCGCUUUGUGGCCAUCUGUAGUCCACUGCGUUACUCAAGCAUUCUUACCCCGGUCAUUGUUGCCAAGAUUGGGGGCCUGGUGGCUUUGCGAGGUGUUAGUUUGACCAUCUCCUUUCCAAGUCUGGCCCACCGACUGCCCUACUGUGGCUCCCACACAAUCGCCUAUACCUACUGUGAGCACAUGGCUGUAGUGAAGCUAGCCUGUGGGGCCACCACCGUGGAUAACCUCUAUGCUUUUGCAGUGGCGCUAUUUCUUGGUGUGGGGGAUGUGGCCUUUAUUGCCUACUCUUAUGGGAAGAUUGUGAGGACUGUGAUUCACUUUCCUUCAUCUGAGGCACGGGCUAAGGCAGCCAGCACGUGUACAGCACAUGUCUGUGUUAUCAUCUUCUUCUAUGGACCAGGCUUUCUUUCUGUGGUCAUGCAGCGCUUCGGGCCACCCACAGCCUCUGCUGCCAAGGUCAUACUUGCCAACCUUUACUUGCUUUUCCCACCUGCACUGGACCCUAUUGUCUAUGGGGUCAAGACUAAGCAGAUCCGAGAGCAACUGUGCAAGAUUCUGAGUCCCAAAGGGCUUGAUCCCACUUGA